AUGGUUCCUGUGACAUAUGACCCUAUUGUUGACCACCAGAGACUAGGGGAGCAACCCAGGGUGGGGGCCAACAUUAAUAUGUUCAAUGACGAUCUGAUUAACCCUGACUUGUGGGAAAUGGCUGAUGCACCAAUGCCUCCUCAAUCUCCUCCCCCAAGUGCAUCUCCGCCACUGGAGUUAUCUCCGCAUCCACCAAUAUCUCUGCCCCGUCCACUAUCUCCACCCGCUCCACCGUCGCUCUUGGUGGAGUCACCUGGGAUAAUGGCUCCUACCCAGGCUGUAUCUCUGCCCUCUCCCGUCCUUCCCUCUGCCUCCUGUGGUUCUGGGACAGGCACUUCCCCUGGUCUGCUCAGGCCCACCAGGAAGUUGGCACCUGUUCCAAGCAACUUGCCCACCGUUGUGCCAGAAGCAGAUCCCCAUCCAUUAAUGUCUUCGAAGCCAAGGUCGAGGCAUUCGGAAAACAUACCUACGAUGCCAAUUGUCGGCGGACGGCACCCAGUAAAGCCCACUGCAAAGGCCAUUGCAGCAAAGGAGCAGCAAGAAGCCGCACAGCGGUGUAAACGUGCCCUGCUUCAGAUAAAGGUACCAAGAAGUCCUGUACUGGACCAUCUUGGACUACAUAAUUUAGACUGA